GCCGUCGCCGCUGUCCCAUGGCCCGGCUCUUGCUGCCGCUGCUCUUCUCUACCGUCUCCCUCCUGCUGCCCUGCGGCGCCGCCGACACCGCGCAAGCGCGAUGCAGCCGCCCCAAGGACGUGGCCAACGCGCGCAUCGACGUGGGCAACAACACCCUGCUCAACGCCCGCCUGCGCUACGUCUGCAACCCGGGCUACAAGCGCAAAGCUGGUACCUCCAGCCUCAUCCAGUGCAUCCUCCGCGACGGCUCCAAGCCCGACUGGACCCACACCACCCUCCAAUGCAUCCGAGACCCGGCUCUACCUCCACUAACUCCCAGCCCUGAGCUCCUGACCACGCUGCACACUGAGAGGAUGACCCAGAGGGGAACUGGCGAUGCCAACCUGACCUCCAGCCCCUCUCCAGCAGCGAUGCCCAUGGGAGCUGCUGGCCAGCCACCCGUGCCACCAGCACCUGAUGGGUCAUCACCAGAGACAUCCAUGGCGCCGGAGCUGCCCCUGCCACUGGAGACGUCCACGCUGGGAGAGGGGACAACCCCGCUGCCCACCGCCCCCCCGGACCACGCUGCAGGUCAGGCCACCUCUCCGAGAGAGAUAACCCACCCACGGGGGUGGUGUCAACCAGCAAAGGCUUUUUUUACUUUUUCAGUGCAUUUCCCCUUGUCUCCAACUCCGUUUGGAGUGAGGGUUCCCUCAGCAUCCUCCUCUUCCCUGGCUUUGCAGCUAAAAAUCUCCAUUUCUCUCUUGUUUUCCAGCUUCUGCCCAGAACCUCACCUCUUCCAUUGGUAA